UUCUUUCCCUCUCUCUCUCUCUCUCCUUUCCUGGAGUGCUGCAGCGAGGGAGGACUGACUGCAUCGAAAAGAAGCCCCACUGCCGUGCGCAAUUACCUCUGAUCUUAUUCUUACAGUAAAAGCCCACGAGAUUUGUUUUCUCCAUUAAGCCAAAGCGAAGUCGGAUGCAAUGGGUAACAGCUCAGUCCACUGCUCUCGCCAUAAAUGACGUUUGGCCGAUGAUUGCCACAGCCGUCCUGGUUUAUCUCCUGUGGUGACUGGGGACUCCAGAUUUUUCCUACCUGCUGUAUCUCGACGCUCACUGGUCUCACCACCUGCAAUUCCAGUUUAUACAAACCCCUCUUCCUUUUUUUUCCUUUUUUUUUUAAACUUCUAAGUAUUCUCUGAACCCCCCGUGAAGACCUACUGUUGGAGCCAAAAUGGAGGACACUUACAAUAACAGGACUUCACUAGCUAAGGGGGCCAAGGACAUGGUGAAGGAAGCCAAACGGCACACAGCAAAGAAAGUCAACAAGGUGGUGGACAGAGCCACAGAUGAGUACUCAUCCCACCGUAACUACAGUCGAUUCCAGGAUGAGGAGGAUGAAGAUGAAGAUUUCUACAGGAACCCACCAAGGCAGGACGGAGAGCGCUACAAUGACAACGAGGAGGGCUCCAGUGAUGCCACUGAGGGCCAUGAUGAUGAGGACGAGAUCUAUGAGGGCGAAUACCAGGGGAUCCCCUCUGCAGGAGACAGGAGGCACAAGGAAGGUCAGGUUGCAAUCGGGCAACCCGUGUCAGAUGCCACGCGAGACCGUAAGGGGUUAGAGGAGGAGAGGCAGGCCGACGAGGAGGAGCUGGCCCAACAGUACGAGCUGAUCAUCCAGGAGUGUGGACACGGGAGAUUCCAGUGGCAGCUCUUCCUGGUGCUUGGGCUUGCCCUCAUGUCGGACGGGGUGGAAGUGUUCGUAGUGGGCUUUGUGCUGCCUAGUGCAGAGACGGACAUGUGUGUGCCAAACUCCAGCUCAGGAUGGCUAGGCAGUGUUGUUUACUUGGGGAUGAUGUUUGGAGCGUUCUUCUGGGGCGGUCUGUCUGACAAAGUGGGACGCAGACAGUGCCUCCUCAUUUGCAUGUCCACAAACGGCUUCUUCGCCUUCCUGUCAUCUUUUGUCCAGGGAUACGGCCUUUUCCUCCUCUGCCGUUUCGUGGCAGGCUUUGGGAUAGGGGGCGCUGUGCCAAUCGUUUUCUCCUUCUUUGCAGAGGUGUUGUCCAGGGAGAAAAGAGGAGAACACCUCAGCUGGUUAUGUAUGUUCUGGAUGAUUGGAGAGAUCUAUGCAUCUGCUAUGGCCUGGGCAAUCAUACCACACUACGGUUGGAGUUUCAGUAUGGGUUCAGCCUACCAGUUUCACAGCUGGAGGGUGUUUGUGGUUGUCUGUGCGCUGCCAUGUGUUUGUGCUGUGGUGGCACUUACCUUCAUGCCUGAGAGUCCCAGGUUCUAUCUUGAGGUGGGGAAGCAUGAUGAAGCCUGGAUGAUCCUCAAACAGAUACAUGACACCAACAUGAGAGCACGAGGGCAACCAGAGAAAGUCUUUACUGUAAACAGGAUCAAGAUCCCAAAACAGCUGGAUGAACUGGUAGAAAUGGAGUCAGAGUCUGGUAACCCAGUGUCAAAGGUUUUCUUCAGGAUAAAGGCUGAAAUACAUGGGAUCUAUCUGAAUCUCAUGAAGUGCUUCAACUACCCUAUGCGAGAAAACAUGAUGCGACUUGCCAUAGUGUGGUUUACCCUCUCAUUUGGGUAUUAUGGCCUUUCAGUCUGGUUCCCUGAUGUCAUCAAACAUCUCCAGGCAGAUGAGUAUGCUUCCAAGGUGAAGAUCCACAACAAUGAACGCAUUGAAGAUUUCACCUUUAACUUUACCCUGGAGAACCAGAUACACAGAAAUGGCCUCUUCCUCAAUGACCGAUUCAUCAAUAUGAAGCUGAGGUCCGUCACCUUCAUAGACUCAACCUUUCGAAACUGCCACUUUGAUGAUGUGACAUCGGUCGGCUCCUUCUUCCGUAACUGUACUUUCAUUGAUGCUGUUUUCUUCAACACAGACAUUGAUGACUCCAAGUUAAUAGAUGGCACUGAGGUGAUCAACAGUACAUUCACACACAACAAGAUAGGAUGCCAGAUGACCUUUGAUGACGACUACAGUGCUUAUUGGGUUUACUUCAUCAACUUCUUGGGGACACUGGCAGUUCUGCCUGGCAACAUUGUGUCCGCCCUUCUCAUGGACAAAAUUGGACGUCUGUCCAUGUUAGGGGGCUCAAUGGUCCUUUCAGGCAUUAGCUGUUUCUUCUUGUGGUUCGGCACCAGCGAGUCUAUGAUGAUUUUCAUGUUGUGCCUUUACAACGGCCUGAGCAUCUCUGCCUGGAAUUCUCUGGAUGUGGUGACAACUGAGUCAUUCCCGACAGUUAGGAGAGGAACAGGCUUUGGAUUCUGCAACGCUCUGUGCAAGCUGGCUGCAGUCAUGGGGAACCUGAUCUUUGGUUCUCUUGUCGGCAUCACAAAGUCCAUCCCGAUCCUCAUGGCCUCAUCUGUGCUCGUUGGGGGAGGCCUGGUUGGACUGCGGUUACCUGACACCAGGGCAAAUGUUCUCAUGUAACACGAGCUUCAAAUGGAUCAGCUGGAAUAAAGUCUGGGUAAAACCUGGGCAUGUCGGAAAGGAUGCCCAGGGAGUGUUGAGGAAGGAGUGCAAAUGGCUUGGUUCACAAUUUUUUGAACACCAUUAAUUUCAUUCAGCUAAACUACUUUAAGCCCGCUUCGGAUAUCAUUAGAUCAUAAAAUGGCCCAUUAUCAGUUGAUAUCAAUACUAUUACAAUGAUUCAGAUUGGGCUAACUGCACCUUCCAGUUGGCCAGAAGAUGUAUAGUAAUCUGUAAGAAUAUAAAAAUGUCUGCAGUGUCAGGUGACAUUUUACCAAACCAUUGUUUUGAACGUGAAACUAAACACGAGGUAAACAUUGUGUAACAGUUAGAGUUUGGUUCAGUUCACUCACCAAAUCUGCAGUGUUAGGUUCAGAAAAAAGGGGUUUUGGUUUUCUGUGAACUUCUAGACUUUAGUGUGCUCCCAAAUUUUUAAGUGAUGUUAAUUAUAUCUGUGGAAAUUACAUAAAUUUAACUUUUGGUCUCACACAAGUAACAAACUGCUAUCACCUUGGUCUGUCAAACCCUGUCUGCUUGUAAGACCAUCCAUUCAACCCAACCCACUCUUUCUCAUUCUUUGUACUACUUCUCCCGACUUUCUAUGUUUUGCUACCAUACAAUUACUACAGCCACUAGGCGUCACAGCCUUAAUGUAAAUAUGGUCUGUUUUACCUUAGCAUAAGAUGAUUACAGCCGACUUAUUUAAAAAGCAGGUACAGAAGAGCCCUUCUACCUCAUAUCCAAUUGCAAUGACAAUUGAUCACAGCCAUUUAAUGUGCUCAUAACACCAGAAUUGGCUGGUACCCCUGAUAAAGCUGGUUAGCCGUCCGACUUUCUCAAGUGUUUUUUUUGCCUAUAUAUUAUACGAGACAUCAUCAAUCAUCAUAUCAUACAAAGUAGUUAAAUUCUUGUAGGUCAUCAGUAGGUGAAGCUACUUUGUGUAUGUUUUGUCUGAUGACUUCAUAUGACAGAGUUUGCACAGGUUGGUUGGGUUCAGUGACUGGUUGAACCUUCCAGCUGCAGCGUGUGUGGAGUCAUUGCAUAAUGGCUGCUCAAGCCUUUUAAUAUUGAUAUGGUCUUAUUAAGACGAGCCAGAUGGGGAGAAAAGGGAAAAACAAGCUGUAAUGAGCAGUCAACCUGCUGUGUUGGAAGUUGGGAAUAGAUGAUUAGACAGAGUGGUCACACCACACAGCUGUAUGACAGCUGGCAUGUCCACAGGAUCAGCAAACACAGGAUAUGUUUUAUAGAAGAAAGUCAGCUUACACAAGUAUUUAAAAAACACAUAGGUAUACUACAUGUGCAGAUACAUGUUUUAAAAUAGACUGAUAUUAACAUAUACCUAUACUUCAGACAUCAGCAAUCUAAUCAAAAUAUAUUUUUUAUAUAGUAAGCCAAGCCCUUUGCAUUACUUACGCAACCAGGAAUCAAUAAGGCCAUAUUGAAAAACUGUCUUCAACCAAGAAUUCUAUGGUAUGUUGUAUUUGCAGCUGCUAUUUAUAAUUUUAUAAUUUUAAACGUUGUGACUCCAUGUCCUCCAUCACGUGUUGUACUAUUUUUUAAAGGCUCUCUAAUGAGCUCUCUUUUAGAUUUAGCUUUGUGUUGGAUCUCGCUCGUGGAAGUGAUGUUAAGCAAGACAAGUCAUGCUGCUUCCUUUUCAAAAUACUGAAUGGCCUUUUUAUAAAUGUGCCUCUCCUUAACUGGAGCAGUCUGCUCAGAGUCAUGUGUCUAAAGGAUAUAAGAAUCAGACAGAAACUAUUCUGCAGAAAAAAAGACCUUAUAAUCAUGGCUUUUUGGGUAUAUUUGUGAAUUAUGUGAUCUAAAUAGAAUAGUUUAUUUGGCUGUCAAUUCAUUUUUUACUGAAUCUCUUCUGUUACUCACAUUUUGAUGCUUUAUUAUAUGUGAAAGGUCUAUCGUAAUUAGACAUCCACUUGUUACUAUAAAACAAAAUGAUGUCUAAUUAAAAUAAAAAAAUUAAAAAUAUCCCUUUAAGGGGGCUAAUUGGUUCAUGAUGGAAAAUGUUUACCGAAGGAAAAUAUUGUAAUUUUGACCUUGUAUCUGAAAUCAUUUGGCAAAAUCUAAACUGAAAUAUAUUUGCAUAUCUGCUUUUUAAUAGCAAACAACUACACAACUUUAAUAUCAAGCUCAGCUCCAAUCUUUAGUAUAUUUUAUGACUAAAAUCUAACUUUGCCAAAAAUCUCACACUUGAAAACAUGACCUACUUUGUAUUAAUUGUUUUGUAUCAUGUCUUUCAACAUUAAACCCUCAAUGCAUACUUCUAAAUAUAAUGAUACUAAUAGAAUUAACUAGAUGGAGAAAGUGAUGAUACAGUCAUGUUGCUAUUUUAAAAGUGUUAAGUUACCUCCAAGGAUCUAAAUGAUUACUAACAUUUUCCAGUUUUGUGUAUUCAUUUCUUCCUAGCCUUGUUAUAUUUUCAGUGGCUAAUAGCCUGUGUCUUCCUGCUUUUCUCUGUGUUUCUUGUGUGUGAUUGCAGCGUAGAGGUAGUUUUCCCUUGCUCUGCAGUUGGCUCUGUCAAGGCAACUCAACACACACACAAAAAAAAACAACCUGCAGGCUUCUAAAAUGGGCCUGUAGAGACCCAGUGUGUGUUAAUAAUUUGUAAGAAAAUAAACAAGAGUGUUGGACAUGUGCAACAGAUAUUUUGAUUAUAUGAUUUCAAUAUUUUUUUAAAGAAAGUUAUUGUUCACAUACUUGAUAAAUGCAGAUAUAGAAAGUAAAGACUAUUUAGCAGAGUCAAUCAAACGUAACUGACUUCUGCCUAAGAACAAACACUGAAGAAUUGAUCUGUUGCGAAUAUAUGGCAGAUUUUCUUGUUGUGAUAUAUUUUGGAGAAAGUAUAUUACCUGUGAUGUUUGAGGUGUGUGGGGUAUUGCUUAUAUGUACUGUAUUUAAGUGUGUGGGCAAGUGUGUCAAAGAAAGAGUUCUGUAUGUGAGUGUGGACCUGUGUGUGGAUGCAUGAGUGUAUAUACUGUACAUAUCAAAGCUGAUAUUGGUGGACGUCUGGGUUCGAUGUGUAAAAGCUGUGUCUCCUGCUUUGUCCAAGCUAUAAGUCCAUCUACCGUAUCUUUGUUGUACAUCCCUGUGUGUCCCCUCUUCACCUGCUACUCUGUGUGUGUGUGUGUGUGUGUGUGUGUGUGUGUGUGUGUGUGUGUGUAAGCUUGCAUGUAUGUUAGAAAACGUAUGUUCUUUUGUGCUCAACUUUGUGUUCUUAUUGUAAAGUCUUCUUCUGGCAGAAAAAAAGUUGGCAAUAUUCUGAUUUUUUUGUUGAGGAAAAAUGUGAAUGUAUCACUCUUGUAAGUUCUGUUCAUCCAUAUUAUGGAGAUAAUCAAAUGUAUGUGGAGAACAAAGUUGUACAAGUCAUCCUAGCUGGCCCUAUCAUGAAGGGACAGUCAGGAUGACUCAAUCGUACUGAGGUCCAUAAGUGUGAUAACUAUGUGGAGAAAUACUUGCCAAAUGAUGCCCUGCAAAUAAUGUUUGAAACAGGAAAGGCGGGGACUGCAGAUCAUGCUGCUUUUGAACUCAUAUACAAUAAAAUUUAUGUUCUCUAGCAAAACUGCUGUGCUUUUGUUUGAAAACAAUUAUGAUAAAGCUUCUCACACUGU